AUGCUGCAGCGCGUUGUGGGGAGAGCACCUGUAGUGUCUGAGCUUCCGAAUGUGAGCUACAUUCGCAGUCUGCCUGACUUAACACCAAGGGACCAGCGCAAACUCAAACGCAGUGGGAUAGAUCAAGACGAGCUGACAGCAGCAUUCCUAGGAAUACAGAUGAUCUCAACAAUUGCGCCCCCUCCUCAGCCUCCAAAGCGAACGCGAACCUUCAUGGACGGUGGUGUACUUAUGACGCGUCCGAAAAUGAUGGCUGCGGUUCUUGAAGCCCAGCGUCGCCAAAAGGUUGAGGAGCGUGUAAUCAAGGCUCGAGAGGGACAGGAGAAGCGAGAAAUACAAGAGCAGGCGGCUAUCCUCAAGCAAUUCGAGAAAGAGAGAAGGCAACAGGAGAAAAACAAGAAGAACAAGGGUAAGAUCGCAACUUCAACCCGGCCAAGACCGCGUAAAGGUAUCACUCAACAAGCCACCGAAUUGGGAGACUCGCAAGGAGUUGCACCAUCAAACUUUGGUCAGACCUUCGACAUGUAUGUUGUGAAGAGUCCGGUGUCGAGGUCCUCCAGCGGUCACGCGCUUCUAGAAUCUCAUUUUAGCGGGCAUUCUGGUCGCUGA